ACUGCGCAGACUCCCCGCUGCAGUGGGCGGAGCCUCCUUCGGGCCCCGCCCCCUCCUUCCUCCCACCCCGGCUCAGCCUGUUGGGGCAGAAGCUGGGGCCCCGUGGAGGCAGCAGCUGCCGCCUGCGGAGUAAGACCGAGGCCCCUUUGGGUUCGGAGACCCUGACACACCCACUUUCCCGCCUGGGCUCUGCGUAUCCCCCUGCUGCCUGGCAAGAUGAAGCCUAAACUGAUGUACCAGGAGCUGAAGGUGCCUGCUGAGGAGCCUGCCAGCGAGCUGCCCAUGAAUGAGAUCGAGGCGUGGAAGGCUGCGGAGAAGAAAGCCCGGUGGGUCCUGCUGGUCCUCAUCCUAGCGGUAGUGGGCUUCGGUGCCCUGAUGACUCAGCUGUUUCUAUGGGAAUACGGCGACUUGCAUCUCUUUGGACCCAACCAGCGCCCAGCCCCCUGCUAUGACCCCUGCGAAGCAGUGCUGGUGGAGAGCAUUCCCGAGGGCCUGGACUUCCCCAAUGCCUCCGUGGCCAACCCCUCCACCAGCCAGGCCUGGCUGGGCCUGCUCGCUGGUGCCCACAGCAGCCUGGACAUCGCCUCCUUCUACUGGACCCUCACCAACAAUGACACCCACACUCAGGAGCCCUCUGCCCAGCAGGGCGAGGAGGUCCUGCGGCAGCUCCAGACCCUGGCGCCGCGAGGUGUGAAGGUCCGUGUUGCCGUGAGCAAGCCGAACGGGCCCCAGCCGCAGGCAGACCUGCAAGCCCUGCUGCAAAGCGGUGCCCAGGUCCGCAUGGUGGACAUGCAGAAGCUGACCCAUGGCGUCCUGCACACCAAGUUCUGGGUGGUGGACCAGACCCACUUCUACCUCGGCAGCGCCAACAUGGACUGGCGCUCCCUGACCCAGGUCAAGGAGCUGGGUGUGGUCAUGUACAACUGCAGCUGCCUGGCUCGAGACCUGACCAAGAUCUUCGAGGCCUACUGGUACCUGGGCCAGGCGGGCAGCUCCAUCCCGUCAACGUGGCCCCGGCCCUAUGACACCCGGUACAACCAAGAGACACCGAUGGAGAUCUGCCUCAACGGAACGCCCGCCCUGGCCUACCUGGCAAGUGCACCCCCACCGCUGUGUCCGAGUGGCCGCACCCCAGACCUGAAGGCCCUGCUCAACGUGGUGGACAACGCCCGGAGUUUCAUCUACAUCUCGGUCAUGAACUACCUGCCCACUAUGGAGUUCUCCCACCCUCACAGGUUCUGGCCUGCCAUUGAUGACGGGCUGCGGCGGGCUGCCUACGAGCGGGGCGUCAAGGUGCGCCUGCUGAUCAGCUGCUGGGGACACUCUGAGCCCUCCAUGCGGGCCUUCCUGCUCUCCCUGGCUGCCCUGCGGGACAACCACACCCACUGCGACAUCCAGUUGAAACUCUUUGUGGUCCCUGCGGACGAGGCCCAGGCCCGCAUCCCGUACGCCCGCGUCAACCACAACAAGUACAUGGUGACCGAACGUGCCACCUACAUUGGGACCUCCAACUGGUCAGGCAGCUACUUCACGGAGACGGCGGGCACCUCGCUGCUGGUGACGCAGAACGGCCGGGGUGGCCUGCGGAGCCAGCUGGAGGCCAUUUUCCUCAGGGACUGGGACUCCCCUUACAGCCAUGACCUUGACAUCUCAGCUGACAGUGUGGGCAACGCCUGUCGCUUGCUCUGAGGCCCGGUCCAGUGGACAGCCCGAGGCCUGCGAGGCCCCCGUGGACCCAGAUGUCCUGGGUCCCGGUCCCUGUCCCCGUGCCCCCGCUUCUGUCUGCCCCGUUGUGGCUGUACCAGCUCUCUCCUGCUCUCCCACCUCUACCUCCACCCCCACCGGCCUGACGCUGUGGCCCCUGGACCCAGCCGAGCUGGGGGAGCGGUCUGCCCUCUAAGAAGUGGGGGUGCAUGCUGGGCCCGGCCCCCUGGCCCACCCCCCUUCCCAGGACAAAGAGGGCCCAAGGUUAAAAUAAGAAGUAAAUAACUUGUCUGUACA